AUGUUUCAUCGAUACAGCGUGGAGAAAGUUCGCAGCAGCGCCUUGUUUCACAGGAAAGAGAUGAUCCGCAGACAGUUAUUUGCUUCUCCAAAAAAUCAUGCAGUGGAGAAUUUGAAUGUUACUCCAUCGUUACGGCAAGGUAGAAGUUCACAGCACCGAAAUAUACAGCGGAAAAGGGAGGCACUACAGCGAAAGAAUGGUUUAAAUCCUUCUUUGCGGUCUGCUAUAGCUUCUCCGGCAAAUCAUGUAGUGCAGAAUUUGGUGCAGGAGCUGUCUCAGACUGGGUAUGAAAUGCAGAUGUUGAAUGUUGAUAAUUCUGUCACAGUGAGUGUUUGUCCUUCACUGCCAGUUCAGGAGGAUAAUGUUCAGUUUAAUACGCCUUUAAAGUGUCUAUUGAAUAGGCAGUCAUCACCAUCUUCUUUGGACUCUACUUUUUGGACUGAUCAUAAUUAUGUUAAACAACCCUCUGCUGGUAUAUCAUUGGAUGAUGACCAAGGUUUGUUAAAACUUUCAGAUUCUCAGAGCAGGGGUUAUGAUUCGGAGAAUGAUUUAACAAAGAGUUCAGGAUCUUUGGGCGGUUAUUCGCCAAAUUCUGAUAUUGAGGUUCACUCCGUGGUUAAUCGUCCAGAGGAGCUAAUUCCUUCGGGCCCGUUGAUUUUGAGAAUACAAGAGCAGCCACAGAAUUUUCCAAAGUUAAGAGAUGUGUAUUCUAAUGGUCGAUGGGAUUUUUCAUUAUGUCCAGAGUUGAGUGAGCAGUUAAGCAUUGAGCUGUCUUCUUUGCAAAUUUCAUUUUGCGAUAAGCAAGAUUUACUGGUGUGGACGCCUUCGUCAUCGGGAAAAUUCACAGUCAAAUCAGCAUGGUCCACUGUUACGCACAUUCAAGAUGGGGCAAAUGCCUUUGGUUCGGUACAUGUCAUCGUGAAAGCUCCUGGUAUGCCUUCUGUGCCUCCUUCGGUUCAUCAUAGAUCAGAAACUACAAAUAAUUUGCUAAUUUCACCAAACCCUGCCGACACGGUGCAAUACACCGAACAAAAUCAAAAAGGGGCAAAAACCCUUGGUUUGCUACAGAAUGUCGUUCAAUCCUCAGAAUGGGGCAAAAGCUUCAACAACGUUGCAAGAUGUCACAAAGAACUCUUGUAUGCCUCCUACAAACCCGAAUCUACAAUCUACAACAGAUAUUGCAAAAAUCCUUCCACAAUCGGUGCAAUUGUCCGAGUUAGGCAGAUGGUGCAAAUGCUUCAGGAUCGCAACAGCACUGUUGUAAGUUCUGAGGCAAAAAACAAGGAGGAUUUGGUUACUGUAACACCGGAUGAGGAGAGGUUACAGGGCGCAGAAAAGGAGAAAGAAAUGUCAUUAAUGGAGGUAUCUCCCGAAAGAGGUGAAAAGGGUAUACAGAACGGUAUGGAUAAUGCUCUAUUUUCUCAACCUCAGGCGGAAGGGUCUAAAGAGGUGCAACAGAUGGCAGGUACAGUAAUGUGCUCGUUAAAUAAACAAUCUCAUUCACCUACCUCAUCUUCUUUCUUUGUGGAUCAUCUGUAUGAGCUAAGAGUCAGACAAAAUUACACCGUGGAUGACGAAAGUGGACUCAGGAGGGAUAAAGAACCACCAGACAGGGGCUUUUACUCUGAUCAAGAAAGCUCAAAAAAUUGGGCUGAUUCAAGUGAAGAUGCCACUGUAAAUGAAGAUCAAGGAAUUAUCUUGCUAAACCAAACAACAGUGAACUACUCCGACUGCAGUACUGGGCAUAGUCCCAGAGAGAAAAAUAUGUGGCUUUUAUGGAAUGAUAACUUGGAAGUUAAGAGCAUGCUGCACUUUGAACAAGCUAUGACCGUGUCAGUCUCCUACCAGGGAGCUGAUCCAGUGUUAGUUACGGUGGUGUAUGGUUGUUGUGACUUACUUGUUAAGGAGGCCCUAUGUGGGGACACUUACAGGUUAUUUCUACAUCCUUUGCUAUGCCCUGCUGGGGAUCGUGGCUCAUUUUGUUGCUACAGCUGGUUUUAUCAGACUUUAUCUUUGGUAAACAUUGAAGGCUUUCCACGGUUCUGCUCAGAGGGUUUUCAGCUGGAUUUCCAGCUGCUUUCUUGUCGCUGCUGCUGGCCACCUCUGGUCUCUUUUUCUUCAGCUGGUUUUGCUGAUUUUCUCAUGGUCUCUCAGCGGUUCUUUCAUCUGCUUGACGCUGGCUAUUGGUCUGCUGCUGUGGGUUUCUCUGUUGCUGCUUCCUUCGGCAGUCAGCUGGGGAUUUGUUCUCAGCGGGCUCUCAGUUGCUGUGUUGGUUCUGGGCUUAUGUUCAUUCCUCAUGGUUUUCAUCAUCUCGCAGUUGCUGUCUCUUGGGUUUCCAGCUUUCCUCCAGCUGAAUUUUCUGGAUCUUCAGCUGGACUCUCAGCUGGCUUUUGCUGGCCUUCAUGUCCCAUUUUAUGUCCUUUUCUUUUUUGA